GGGGAUUCUGAUCGGACUGAGUGGCGAGGCGAGUCAGUCGUCCUCCGAACAGCGAGCACGGAAUAGCCACGCCUCGGAUCGUGAGAGCGUCGUAAAUUAUGCGUAAAUGUCUUUUUUCGCCUUUGGUGCGGAGUGAGUGAGCCCAGUUGCGUCCAGUACCGAAUUUAACGCGAUGGCGAACCUCGUUGGAAAUAUAUUGGGAAAUAAUAUGACUGUCGGUGACGUAAAAUGUCGGACGGAGUCGAGCGGGGUGGAGAGCGCCCCGAACGGCGAGUACGAGAAGUGCGCGAGUUCGAACAAGAGCGGUAAAGAGGCGGACAACGACCAGUCGGAGAGGAAGAAGAAGACGAGGAGGAGGAAGACGAAGAGGAAAAACCCCUACAGCAAGCACAUGUCGGAGAACAGGGGCGGGAAGAAAAACAUCAGGGUUCGAGCCGGUAAGUCGACCUACGAACAACCGGUCGCCCCUUACAACUCGAACCAGUUCCUCAUCGAGGACCACAACGACUUGCAGGAUUUCGACAUGAAACUGAUGGAGGCGGUGAACAGGGGCGCGGACCAACCGGGCGACUUAGGACCCGCGAGGACGGGACGGGUAAGGGAUCCUAGCUUCACCAGCGCCGACUCUGAAGAGGACCAUUUCUACUCCUCUCCCGAGGACGAGGAGGAGUUCCUGACGAAGGAGUUCUCCAACACCUACCAGGACCUCCACGUCGAGAGCCUCACCGCCAUGAGCAAGUCGGAGCUCAUCCAGACCGUCAUACACCUGGAAGAGAAGAUCGACACCCUCCAGAAGCGGAUCGGCGACACGAAACCGGAGGACGGGGACAAGCCGGACGACAGAAUACUCAACUUCCAGAGCGAGAUAGCCAGGUUGGUCUUGGCCAAUCAGAAGUUGCUCAAUGAGAAUUUGAGGCUGAGGGAAAUCGGUGAGAAGCGUUGUUCGUCGAGUACGCAAGACUCGGAGAGCGACUCCACUUCCAGUUCGACGAGCAGUGAGAUAAACACCUCUUCCGAAGAGACUAUCGAGUACAAAAAUAUGAACGGUGGCAUACACGAAGAGAACGACAUCAACAUGGAACAGACAGACAACACCUAAACCUGUCUAUUCCUCUUCGUUGUAAUAAAUAUUUGUUUAUAUUA